AGGGUGGUUGGUGUCAGGCGAAUCCAUGUAGCUCCCCCAGCCCCUUCCUGGGAGCAUCCUAGAGAGACAGCGUGGAAACGCACGCGGCCCGGUGGUCCUGGGAGCGGCCAUGGUGCCCAGCCCCUCGGCCUCCCCCUGCCCUGGAACCCCAUGUCAAGCACCCGCGGACUCUCAUGUCCUCUUCUUACAGGACAGUGGGCGCUUUUCCUGCACCUUGGCCUCGCACUUCUUCUAGGCCUCCUCCGCCUCCCGUUUCUCCUCCUUGGCCACCUUGUAAGGCCACUCUGGUAUCCGCAGGUGGCCGCUGGCCUUUGUGCUGCCCUUCCGCGCCGACCUCUCGGGGCUGGAAGGUGGGCGCCGGCGCCAUGCUGAGGCUGACCUGGGGCACCACCACGCCGGCCACAAGCUGCUCCGCUGAAAGCCCUGCAGGGGCAGAGGCUGGCCUUCCGCGGGGCGGGGGUGGCGGAGCCCCAGGACCCCUGCAGCGGGGCAGGUGGGAGGCCGGCUCUUGCGGAGCAGUCCUGGGAGCCCGCGGCCGCUGGGCCGGGCCGCUUGGGGUGCUCUGCGCCCUCCGCUUGCCUGCCUCCUGCGCCCGCCUCCUCCCCCCACCCCCCGCCGCGCCGCCAGAAUUUGCUGCAGAGCCAGGAUUUCCUGCACCGCCAGCCGCCUCUUCCGCACGCACAGAGUGCUCUCGGGGGGUCAGUGUCUGGCACGCGAUGGCCACAGCGGGGCUGUUAGAGGCUCGUGGUCAUCCUGACCAUGUGAUCCAGGGCGCCCAGAUCCUCCCGGCGGCGCACUGAGCGCGGCGUCAGCGCGGACAGCUCGCAGUCCUUGAGCUUCUGCAGGCAGUUCUUGGAGACCUCGGGCUUCCGCGCCCUCUAGAGGAGCGGAGGCAGCUGAAGCUGGUACUUUUCCCUGAACGCUACAGGCAGGGGCGCACCUGGAGCCUCUGCAUGAAGCCAACGUGUAAAUGGCCAUUCCUCUGGCGACAUCCCACGACGGGGCCCUCGGGUGGAAACCCUCCCCUGCUAGCUCAGGGCUGGGAUGCGAUCGACCAGGCAUGGCGGCUUUCAACCCGAACGCGUCCCUCCUUCAAGGUCAAGACCCGGGACAUAGUUCAACAAGUAGUUGGUGAUUGAUGGUAGUGUGCCCUGACUGGGCCAGAACAGCCCCUUUAGUAAAACAGCGCAGGAAAGUGAUGAAACAGAUGCUCAGCUCCUUUCUUGAUUUUCAUUUUAAUUCCGUGAUGCCUCUGUGUCCCUCUGACGACAUCUCUCCCGGGAUCUGUGACUCUGCUGGUCUUCAAUGCCUACUGAGAAGGGUUCCUUGCCCUCAUCAGGCAUGAAAACCUCAAAGCCCUCUGCCCUCAAGGUGGGGUCCCUGGGCCAGCGGCAUCAGCCUCACCAGGAAACCUGUUCUUCUGCUCAAUCUUGGGCCCCACCCCAGGCCUAUUCAAAGAAAGACUCCAGGGGCAGGGCCUGGCAGCCUGUGUUUCCACCAGAUCUGUGUUAAAGCUCAAAUGAACCAGCCCAGGUGAUGCUGAUGCAGGAAGCGCAAGACUGAGAGGCAGUGUCUAAGGCAACUGUGUCCAUGGGGCCAGGGGCAGCUCCUGCCUGUGCAGCUAUGAUUAGGGCUGUGUUCCCCUCCCUGUCCUGCCAGUUGACCUCAAUGUGGGAGCACUCAGCUAAGGCCACCAGGGUCUAUCCACAAAGCCGUGAUAGCAGGCAACAUUAAGGCCAGUCCAGCCAUUGUGGUCAGUCUCCUGCGCCUUCUCAACGCUCACCCCACGCUGCACCAGCGUCCACAGCAGCUCCACGCCUCCGGGACGCCCUCCGGGACGCUCUCCACGCCCUCGACGCCGUGCUCCUCCUCGUACUGGAAAGGAUAAUUGUCCGGCCAGGGGCGAUGGC